UCUCUCUAAACUCCCACCUAACUAGUUGUUCCUCUCGUUUCCAUCUCUUUGCUUGAACAAUAUGAAAACCAAAGUUGAGGAGAAGUUCUCUCAGUUUUUGGAGAAGUGGAUAUGUCAACUCGAUGAAUAUCUCCAACAGCUGCGAAGGGUGUCGAAGGAUUAUCGAUCUAAAACGGCUUGGUGUGACACUGAGCAAGAGCUGCAAGCUUUAGUGUCAAAAGUCACACAACAUUACAAAGACUACUACACUAUAAAAUGGGCUUUAGCUCAUGAAGAUGUGCUUGCUUUCUUUUGUCCAAUUUGGGUUUCCCCAUUAGAGUAUGCGUAUUCUUGGAUUACUGGGUGGAAACCUUCGGCGAUUUUUAAACUGGUUGACUCAAUCAGGACAUCUCGUGUUCCAGGUUCGGAUCUGGCUGAAUUGACACAAGAACAACAGAGAAAGAUUGAGGCACUGAGGGUGAAAAUAAGGUUAGAAGAGGAGAAGGUGGAGAGGGAAAUGGAGAGACAACAAGUGGCUGUAGCGGACAAGAAGAUGGCGGAGUUGGCAAGGUUGGUGGUUCGAGUGAAGAAUGGGGAGCAAGUGAACCAAGUGGAGGGAAUGGUGCAGGUAGCAUUGAAGGGAAUAUUAAUGGCAGGACUAGAGAAGGUAAUGAAAGCAGCAGAUUGUGUAAGACUUAGAACUUUAAAAGGAAUUUUGGAUAUUUUGAAGCCAUUAGAGUGUGCGGAGUUCUUGGCAGAGAUUGGCAUGCUUCAAAUUCAGCUAAGGCAAUAUGGAAAGAAAAGGGAUAUAAAUAUAGCAUAAUUAAUUGACAACCUUCUAUUAAUUUGUAGGGUUUAAAGGGUUUUGAUUUCAUUUUUAGAACUUUUUUUUAUAUAUUCGUUCUGAUUUUGUCUUAAUUAAUUAAUGUGUGUACCUCUUUAAGUGGUUUGGAUUUUAUUUAUCAUCACUCUUUUUAUAUUCAA